AUGGCUACAGAUGGCAGGGCUCUGCGUGGAGUAGGAAGGACCGUCUCCAAGAGCAACCAAAGUGACUCACUUCCCCGUCCUUUGACUGACGAGGAGUCUCGGUCGGCCACCCAAGCGAACGAAAAGCGUACGGCAAUCCUCCAUGCACAAAACAACCAUCUAAAGCGCCUAGCGAGCGCCAAAGGCGCUAUAAACGAUAGACAAGCAGGCCAUAUUCACCGCCUGAGUCAGAAGCACGCCGCGGAGCUACAGCAUGUCAAGUUUGUCAAUGAUCAGAUUUCUGAAUCGCUCCGUGCAGACCUCCGAGAUGAGGCGGAACGUCUUGCGAAAGAAGUCAAAUCCGUUCCUGCCGCUGCAUCUGAACUGAUCAAAGCGGACGAUCGUGCCCUUGCUGAGCUCAAUGAGCUCUCCUUGUGCGUCAGCGUCAAGCAGGAAGAUGCCCUCGAAGUGGACGAGCUGCAAGCUCGGGUGGACAAGCUCACUCGGGCAUUACACCUUUUUCGCGCCACAGCCGUCAAGGAUCGUUUUGAUCGUAUCUACCUGGAGUCACUCCACGCUGCUGACGUCGCUGCUGGCAUUCGGGAUGUUCACGAUGUGUCUGACCCUGCUGAGAGCACCGCCGAAGAAGAAUUGAGUUCAUUAUAUGAGGAGAUUGAUGAUAUGGUAACGAUGGUGGUGGCUCAUGAUCACGGGAACGCAUUAGGGGUGGCUUUCCAAGAUAUUCGCCAUGCCCAGAUGCAGGAGACGCGGGCUACGAACGAGAAGGCCCUCGAAGGCCUGACGGCAAGAGUAGACACACUGCAGGCUCAGAGACAUGAUCUGCACGAAUUGGAAGCGCAGCUCCGGCUCAUUGAAGCCGAUGACGGUCCUCGUAGAAACCCAGUCACGGUUGCUGCGCGAGCGGGAUCCAACGACACUGCUGGCACAGCAGCACACGCCCUGCUCCAGCAUCUCAACAUCUCCACGCAUGUUCGUGAAAUGUCUCAAAUCACAGGAUUAGACUCAAAACUCGAUGGGCUCACAAGGACACUUGAGCGACAGUCUGCCCAAUACAUCGCUCAGAUCCUGCAUACCUCUGAACAAACGGUGGACAGAAGGCGUGUCGCUUUGGAGAGUAUCUCUGAAGCGCUAACCACAGAUGAAAAGCACGAACUCGCCGUGCGGGCUCUAGCAGAGAGUAUUGCCGCGACGCGAGCUGGUAUUGAAAGCGCUCAGACCUGA